AGUCUGAGGUGUUUGCGUUAUAAUAUACGACUUGCCCCAUUAGAGACACUUUGGUGGCGAGGUUGAGCCUUUUAGUGCUACUCAAAUGGCAAAUAAGUAAAGUGUUAUGUUUGAAUUCACAGGGAUAUUUCUCUGUUGUAUCGAAAAUGUGUAUUUAUGAUUCAUAGCGUAUAUGUUUAUAUUUAAAAUCAUAUUUUCUUAUUUAAAAAAAAUCUAGAAGCUCAGAAAAAAGUUUAAAUUUAAGGUAAAGCAGUAUUUGUGUACUACUUCCAUCUACGGAAACAAUUUUCUCUUUAAAGAUCGUACCUUUAAUGUUUGAGAGUGUUCAUUUUUGCUAUUUAGAUCAUGGUUAGCACAGUUUGUGACCAGGUUACAACUGAUUUCUUCAAAUUAAAUAUCUCUUAUUCGGGCGAUUAACCAUAAUCGUUGGUGUUGUUACAGACGUUGAACACUAGGUGGCAGCAGUCUUCUUACCCUGAUCAAAGGUGUUUUAAGGUAACGUCAAGAGACAACUGCCAAAAAAACAAUAGGCCAAAAAUGUAUAAACAAAUCUAUGAAUGAUAAAAUCAAUCAAUUAAUUAAUAAUGAAUUGACUAACUCUUUCAUUACAGUAAUUUUGGUCCCCAAAAACAAAUUUCAUUCUUUCACUUUGUUAUAAUAGUAGUGUACAUUAUUGGCAUUUCUGAUGAGUACAAACAUGACAUGAUGUGUCUCAUAAGUCUGUAGCUGUUUAGGUCCGUAUCCUUUUUACCGUUUUAGCUCAAUUUAAAUGCAAAUCUUUAAAAAUUUACAAAUUAAACCAGAAUUUACUGGUUCAAGCACAGUGAAAACGUCUAAGAAGUCCCCAGUGAUGCUGUGGUCUGACAGUUAGCCAGCUCUCUAAGUGAUAACAGUCCGGAAAAAUACAUCUGCUUUUCCUCCUAAACAUAUGGACGAGCAACGUACAAAUGGGAAAACAGCCGUAAACAACUUUACACCUGAACAUUCAGUCCUAUUAUUACAGCCACACACAAACAAAUACUUUCUCUCCAUACAUCAUGACCUAAGACCCUUUUACAGCUCAUCUGCUCACAGCUCUCUUUACUGCACUGUCAUGAAACGUUAGCUGCCUACUCAGCACUCAUCCUCAUAAUCAAUUUAGAUUUGUUGCUGAGGAGCAAUGAGCUCGUUUUUUUCAUCUUUGAUUCAGGAGCUUCAUUUGCCCUCAGAGGAUCAUUAUCUCUAAUGACUUACAGACAAAACAAUUUAUUAUUGUAGUCCGGCCUCAGUUAAGAAGGUUGGGAACUUGCACAUUUUAUAAUUGGGGAUAUUAUUAAAUGAGACAUUUAGAUGCUAUGUGAUAUUUUUGCAAAGAUAAAGGUUUAAAGUAAUUCAAACUGAAACUUAGUAAAGCAACUAUCCGGCAAAGCUGCAUCAAAGUGUAGUUUUAUGUGGUAACUGUUUCAUCAAUUUAAUUAUGAUGAACGAUAAUUUAUUUGCCACUUUAUUCAGUAUAUCGCAGCUCUAUCAAUAAAGACUUUAUAGAUUUUAGGGCAGUGCAGAGUGGCCAUAAAGUAAAACACCGAGUACUUGUUACUGUUUACAAUUUCUGUCUAUAGUUUCUACUUUCCUAAAUUCAAAUGCAGACCAUUUCAGUGGAUAAAUGUAUUUGUUUUAGUUUUAGUUUGGAAUUAAGUUCAUGCUUUUGCCAGUGCGGCCCUUGCAUUGUUCAGUCCUCCUGUAGUCACACCAGCUCUUAAUGGCCUUUCAGCCAUGAAUAUUAGAUACACUUCCCUUCACACACAGCACAAAUGUGAUGAGCCAGCCUGACGCGGCUCUAAGGAGAAAAACACUGUUAGUGCCCAUUUGGGUUUUAGAUAUUGAGAAAUCAAAGUAUGGUUUAAAAAAAAAGCCUAAAUCAAUAUGUUGAUGUUGACAUGCUGACACAUACGUGUCCCCUUACAUGCUUUUCAUGUCUGUGUAAAAGUUGCUUUGGUCUCGGUCCAGACACCAACAGUCAGGGUUCCUCCGUGCUGCUUGUUUGUCCCAUUUUCUGUAUUAGCCAAGGCCGUUUUCCAGUCAUGCCAUGUUAGCGGAUAGUCUCAUGAGUGAGAUUAGUCUCAAUAUGAGCGUGGUACGGAGAUGCAGCCCAUUAUGUCUGUGAGAGAGAGAGAGAAAGAGGUGAGUGGAGAACAGGAGGGCGUGAGAGAGACGCCGCGAGCAGAGAGCAGGGGGAGUCACCGCCUUCACAGAAUUUUAAAUCAGCAUCCUCCACCAGUGCUGCCAGUGUCUGGACACUGGUUCUGUCUGGGAACAGUCUGAGUCGGCCUUCACUCUUUAACGGAGGAUGCUUUGAGGUUGUAUAGGUUUCUUUUUGAGACCCGUGUGAGCCGACCCUUCAGCCGCUCAUCGCUACGUCUACCUCUGUGUGCAGAGAGGGUGUGAAGGAGCAGCGUGGGCGUCUCGGACGCGGAGGAGGGGACAUGGCCGGCGACCUCAUGGUUGGGAUGCUCUACAACUUAUUGCUGCCACUGAUCCUCCUGGCCGCUUCUUCAUUCCGCUACAAUGGUCUGUCAGUGGUGUAUUUCCUGUUUCUGCUCACUUUGCCGCUGCUUCCGAACCCCACCCUGGUCACAAUGAAAGGGAAAACGGGUCAGUUCCUGCGGCUGAUCAUCUACACAAGCAUGACCUUCUUGACCCUGCAGUGCUUCAUGCAGAUUCCCUUCUCCUACGUUCCUGCUCACGUGAGUGGCCACUGGGACAGCUUCUUCUACCACGUAGGCAUUGUGAGGUUUAGCUCGGUGGACUUUGGGAACAUCGUGCGCCUCUUGGCCCCAGACGCCUGUCUCAUGUUUUCCACCAUCUUCAUACUGAGGCUUUGCAAAAAGCGAUUGCGCCCAUUGCCCCAAAUCAGUUUACACGAGAAUGGAAUCCGACCUUCUGACCCCGAGGAAGCCGAAAUGUCCGAGACCGAUUCCGAGGCAGGAAGCGACGCGGAGGGUUCGUCCUUCGACAGCUCCGAAGAGACGACGGCGCCGGUCCAGUCGGGUCCGCCCCAGUUCAUCCAGAAGCUGAUAGUGUUUGCGGCUGGACUGAGGCUGCUGCUGUCAGCGAUCAUGAGCACCGCAGCGAAGGUGGUGGUGACCGUCCUGCUGGGGCUGGCGGGCAUCACGCUGCCCUCCCUCGCCUCGGCGGUGUAUUUUGGCCUGUUUCUUGCUCUGGUGUGGUGGUGGGUGUUCGGCCGCUCCAUCAGCCUGCUGGUCUUCAGCUCUCUGUGUGUGAUGAUGGCCAUCUUCAGCGGGGGACACCUGCUGGUUCUGUACCUGUACCAGCUGCCGCUGUCCCAGCAGAUUGUUCCACCGGAUGACAUCUAUGCUAGACUCUUUGGAAUGACAGGCGUGAUCAGAACAGAGAGGUCCGAUCCGAACAGGCUCCGUCUGCAUCCGCACGUCAGCUGGCCUGACUUCAUCAACCCCCUGGUUCUGCUGCUGCUGUACAACACGCUGGUGGCUCUGCUCCACCAAUGGGUCCACAUCGCUGUGGAGGAUACUGUAGAUGCUGAUGGUGAUGAGGAAUCCUAUGAGAGUCCCAUAGAGAGUCCAGAGGCUCCUCCGAGCUUCUCUAGGGUCCUCUACAUCACAGGAGACAAGCAGGAGCUUUUGAGCAGCACGGACGAGGAAACAUACCUGCCGGAUGAGCCCAUGGUUUUAAUGACCAGCAGCUCUUGGCAGGACGUCCACAGAGAGGACGUGGGAGCUCUGUUACAAGGGGCCGAGUACACCAGCUGUUACCUCCCACCACAGGACGAGGACAAAGCCUCGCCAUCGCAUGGUAUGGAGGACAAGGGUGAGAACCUCCCAGAAAGCCUGACAGAGGCCGUUCCUCCCCCUUCAGGUCCAAGUGGUCUAGUCAUCUUUGGCCGACUGGUACAGAAACACAGCUACGUCAGCGCCCUCAUCAUCAUGAUGGUGUGGAGUAUCACCUACAACAACUGGCUGACCUUUGCCCUGCUGGUGUGGUCCUGCAUCAUCUGGAUGAUGAGGGACCGGCGGCGUUACGCCAUGAUGUCCGCCCCCUUCCUGGCCGUCUACGGCACCGUCCUGGUGGCGCUGGGCUUCCUGAGCGCUCUGCGGCUGAGCCGGGCCGAGCUGUACCCCGGCCUGCCCUCCGAUGUGAUAGAGGACUUCGACCUGAACAGCUACGACCCCGCGCCCUGCGUCCACCUGGGCGCGAAGGUCUUCUACACCUUCAGCUUCUGGCUGAUGUUUCGGCAGCAGCUGAAGGAGAAGCAGGAGGAGCAGAUCUUGAGGGAGGAAUCUUUGGAUGAAGUCAAAGUCAUGAGUUCGGAGGAAAGUCAGCCGUCGCCUCUCGCCACCAUCGCGAUUUCAGCCGUGAAAGGGACGCUGGUGAAGUACUGGAUCCUCUUCUGCUGCUCCAUGUUCUUCAUAGUCAGCUUUUCUGGAACGGUGGUCGUCUACAAAAUCCUCUACAUCGUUCUCUUCCUCUUCUGCGUCGUCCUCUACCAGAUACGUUAUGAUGUGUGGCGUCGGCUCCUGAAGAAGUUCUGGGCAGUGGUUGUUGGUUACUCCAUGGUGGUGCUCAUCACCAUCUACAUGUACCAGUUCAGAAGCGUGUCCAGGCUUUUUAGGCAGAUCAUGGGCAUGUCAGAGGAUGGUCUUCGCGACCUGGGCCUGGAGCGAUACGACACCGUGGAGCUCUUCGCCCGCAUUCUGCUUCCCGCCGCGUUCCUGCUGGCUUGUAUCCUCCAGCUGCACUACUUCAACUCUGACUUCCUGACUCUAACCGACCUCGACAACGUACCUGUCAGACAGUCUCCCAGAGAGGAGGACCUCAGGAGUUCACUCAGUGUUAUAUCUGAAACAAUUAAAGAAAACAUUGACAAAAUACAGAAAAGGCUUGUGAAGGAACAGCUGGGAAACGGGAAGAGUCAGGAAACUCUGGACAGCGUUGGACUGCAAACGUCCUCUGAGAAAGAAGCUGAGGAGCAGGAGGAGGCGACAGAGGAAGAAACCGCUUCAUGCAGUCAGGAGAACAAGUGGUUUGUGAUUGUGGACCGAGCGUCUCUGCUCACCUUUCAAACUCUGAUGGGACUCCACAAGCUCCAGGAGCUGAGCUGGAGGCUGCUGGAGCUGCACAGCCUCAAAAUAGUGUCGUCCGGCAUCAUCUGGGUGUCCCUGCAGGAGGUUUCUCUGAUGAACUCAGUCUUUCUGGUCCUGUGGGUGUUCGCGCUCCCGUUUCCGCGCCUGCGACCUUUGGCCUCUAGCAUCUCUGCUGUGUGGGCGUGUGUCAUGGUGGUGUGCAAAAUGUUUUACCAGCUGAAAGUCAUCAACCCCAGUGACUACUCCUCAAACUGCACCGCUGGCCUGACGCCUUCCAACAGCUCCAGCCUGGACGUUGGAGAGGAUCUGAGGGGGAACAUGGUGGAGCUGCUCAAGAGGUCCCUUCUCUACAUUGAGCCCGUGGACCCUGUGUACUGGUGCGGGGCGCUGCGUAAAUGUGAAGGCCGGAUCCUUCCCUGUCUCAGGAACCAUCUGAUGGUGCUGGGGCUGCUCGUGUUUGAGGCUACUGUCCAUCGCCACCAGCUCUACUUCCGUCUCCAUAACGACCUGAAGCCCCCGCCCUUCAGCAUCAUCUUUCAGGGCAUCACCAGGCAGCACCUGGAUCACGGCGUGCUGCCCUGCGUCAAGUACUUCAUCAACUUCUUCUUCUACAAAUUCGGACUUGAGAUCAGUUUAAUCGUGGCGGUCAACGUGAUUGGCCAGAGGAUGGACUUCUACGCCCUGCUCCACUCCUGCGCCCUGUUGGCCGUGCUGUCUCGGCGCCGCAGGAAGGCCAUCGGGGAGGUGUGGCCUAAGUACUGCUGCUUCACAGCGAGCUUCAUGGUGCUGCAGUACAUGCUCUGCACCGGCAUCCCACCCGCUUUCUGUGUGGACUACCCCUGGAGGACUGCAGCUCACCCUUUGACCUCUAACGUCAUCAAGUGGUUCUACCUGCCCGACUUUGCCAUGAGACCCAAUCCUUUGUUUAUAUUCUACGACCACCUCCUGCUGCUGUGCUCCUCUCUGCAGUGGCACGUGUUUGAGGAGGAGAACCGAGCAGCCGUGCGCCUGCUGGCCGGCGACAACGUGGAGAUCAGCCGCAGUCUGGACCCGUGCUCCUUCAACCAGUUCAUACCAGUCAAUAACUUCCUACACUGCCGGUGUUACCUGGACAUGGUGAAGGUGUUUGUGUUCAGCUACUUCUUCUGGCUGGUGCUGUGCCUCAUCUUCAUCACCGGCACCACGCGGAUCAACAUCUUCUGCCUGGGCUACCUGGUGGCCUGCUUUUACUUCAUGCUGUUUGGAGGCAGCGUGCUCAUGCAGCCCGUCAGGUACAUCCUGCGACUGUGGGACUGGCUCAUCGGAUACACCUGCUUUGUGAUCGCCAUGAAGAACCUUCUGUCUCUCGGCUCUUGCGCCUACCUGGAGAGCCUUCUGAAGAAUAGCUGCUGGUUAAUUCAGGCCUUCAGCAUGUUCUGCACCAUCAAAGGCUACGAUGUCCCUGAUCCUGAUGAUGAGUGUGAGCUGCCGGAGGGUGAGGCCGGCAUCGUCUGGGACGCCAUCUGUUUUACUGUUCUGUUGGCUCAGAGGAGGGUCUUCCUCAGCUACUACUUCCUCUACGUGGUGUCUGACCUCAAGUCAUCCAAGUUAUUGGCCUCCAGAGGUGCUGAGCUUUUUGAGGCAAGGGUGAAGAAGCAGGUCGCAGCCCGACUGGAGAUGGAGAAGAAAUCUGUGCAGACGCUGAAAAAACAAAUGGAGAAGAUUAAAUCUAAACAGAAGGGUCGCCCUGCACCAGCAGACAAACCGGACCCUGCUGCUGACCAGGAGCAGGUGACCCUGGAUGACGAUGAAAAGGCAAAGAGAGAUGCAGGAAAAUGGUGGAAGCCUUGGGUCUCGAAGCCUGGAGUGGAAAACAACUGUGGCUAUCACCUGUUUGAGAGCGACAGCGAUGAGGAUGAGGAGGAAGCGGUAGAGAAGAAGGAGGAGGAGGAACCACCGAAGAAGAAAUCUGCCUUCCAGUUGGCCUAUAACGCCUGGGUGACCAGCUCCAAGUCUGCUCUGAAGGACGUGAAGAAGGAGAAGAAGAAAAGAAAGAAAGAAGAGAAGAAGAUGGCAAAGAGGGAGCUGCAGAGCCAGCAAAGCACUGAUAGAAGUGACUCUAGUGAGGAUGAGCUGGAUGAAAGCACUGUGGAAGAGGAGGGAGAGGAGGAAAAAGAAAACAUUCUGCAGCGACUCAUCAGCACCCUGAAGUUCAGCUGGGUGUUCGUUCAGUCGCUGCUCGACGACGUGACGGAGGGUCUGAACGCGUUCUGCAAAGACAGCCUGAACAUUUCCAAAGUGCUGCGCUUCGAGAGAGCUUUGCUGAACCAGCAGCUAAAGAAGGGCAAAGAGGUGAGCCAGGACAGCGUGAAGCAGUUCUAUGAGAACCGGAUGUCCCGUCAGAACACGCUGUCGUCUCAGGACGACCUGGAUGACCUGCCUCCUGCCUCCACGCCCCCCUCCGUCCACUCCUCACACCAUGAAUAUGCCAAGCUGAGGAACCAGGCCUCCAAAGCGUCGUGGGGCAGCAGCGUUUCCAGCUGCCUGACGGAUGAGACGAUGCUGUGCACCCGGCAGCCGACGCAGGAGGAGCUGGACGAGCCCCCUGCUGUGCCGCCUGCUGCUGACCAGCUCCGACGGAAGCUCCUGAAAACGGCCAACAUGGACCUGACGUCUUUUGACACGGAUGAACUUCCACCAAGCCAUGAAGAUGGUGUCGUACAGAAAGAAGACCAUGAGCAGGAAGAAGACCCGGAGGCUGAGAAGGAGCUCGAAGAGACACAGAAUGAAAAUAAUGAGCAACAUGACGUAGAUGUUGAGGUCAGGAGAGAAAAACAGGAACAGGAACAACAACAGGGCGACAACGAAGAAGGUGGUGAUGAUGAUGACGAAGGUGCUGAAAACCCAGAAUGCUCCUUACUGGGGUUCAGGGAGAGCGAUGGAGAGAGGAGUCUUGACCUCCCAGAAUCUCCCAGGCCACUGAGUCAAGAGACAAGAAACCUCACUGCCAGCGAACUGCUGCUUAACAACAUGUUCGAAAACGGGGAGAUCUCCGAUUCCGACGCCUUCUUCGCGACGCUGCCGCGGCCGCUCAAGCUGCUGUUCGCUCUCUACAACACCAUGGUGUCCAAGUCGGAGAUGCUGUGCUACUUCGUCAUCAUCCUCAACCACAUCGUGUCCGCCUCGCUCCUCUCCCUCAUCCUGCCCAUCCUCAUCUUCCUGUGGGCCAUGCUGUCUGUGCCCCGGCCCACCAAGCGCUUCUGGAUGACGGCCAUAAUCUACACAGAGCUGAAUGUUGUGGUGAAGUACUUUUUCCAGUUCGGUUUCUUUCCCUGGACCACCUCCGCCUACCGAGGGAUCAACUCGGAGCGCCCCUUCGCCCUGCCCAACAUUGUCGGCGUGGAAAAGAAGGACGGCUACGUCCUUUUUGACCUCAUUCAGCUGCUUGCGCUCUUUUUCCAUCGCUCUAUUCUUAAGUGUCACGGGCUGUGGGACAACAAGGAGGUCGAGAUGCCCGACUUCUUCAAGAAGCUGAAGAAGAAAGUGGACAAGAAGAAGAUGACAGGCGGGGACAAGGAAAAAGCUCCGCGCCGGCUCAACUUCCUCCCUAUUUACGCCUCCACCACCUCCAUAUUCUGCCGGCGAAAGAGAGACUCUGCAGAAGGCGACGACGUGAAGCCCAAACGGCAUUCCAGCAGGAAGAAGCGGCAGCAGCGCCACAAGGCUCCACUGACCAGGAAGCAGAGGAUGCGACAGCAAAUCAGGGAGAAGAUGCUCCGUGCCAAAGCCACCGCCAUAGAAAUUUGCCUUCACAUUUACUUACCCAUAAGGCAGUUCUUCUAUGACAUCAUCCACCCAGACUACAGCCCUGUGUGCGACGUCUACGCCCUCAUGUUUCUUAUCGAUGUAGUCAACUUCAUUGUCACCAUAUAUGGAUACUGGGCUUUUGGGAAAUACUCCGCAGCAGCCGACAUCACAGAGUCCCUGUCGGAGGACCAGGUUCCAGAGGCCUUCCUGGUUAUGCUGCUGAUCCAGUUUGGUACCAUGAUAGUAGACCGGGCCCUUUAUCUGAAGAAGUCCCUGCUGGGAAAGUGUGUUUUCCAGGUGGUGCUUGUGUUCGGCAUCCACUUCUGGAUGUUCUUCAUCCUGCCUGGAGUUACUGAGAGGAGAUUCAACAGAAACCCCAUUGCUCAGCUCUGGUACUUUGUGAAGUGUAUCUACUUUGGUCUGUCUGCCUACCAGAUCAAAUGUGGCUACCCAAAUCGCAUCCUGGGCAACUUCCUCACCAAGCACUACAACUACCUCAACCUUUUCCUAUUCCAGGGAUUUCGUUCCGUUCCCUUCCUCACUGAGUUGCGAGCUGUGAUGGACUGGGUUUGGACCGACACAACUCUGUCUCUGUCCAGUUGGAUUUGUGUUGAGGACAUCUAUGCAAACAUAUUUGUCCUCAAGUGCUGGAGAGAGUCUGAGAAAAAAUACCCCCACCCUCCAGGGCAGAAGAAGAAGAAGGUGGUAAAAUAUGGAAUGGGUGGCUUCCUGAUCUUUGCUCUUAUUGGAAUCAUCUGGUUCCCACUUCUUUUCAUGUCACUGGUCCAGUCAGCAGCUGGUGUGACCAACCGGCCGGUGGACGUCUCCAUCCAGCUCAGCAUUGCAGGAUAUGAGCCUCUCUUUACCAUGAGUGCCCAGGAGCAGAACCUGGUUCCAUACACAGAACAUGGGUUUAACCGGCUCACCAAAAUCUACGCUACUCAUCCAUCUGCGAUGCAGUUCAUUAUGAACUACUUUGCUGAGGACAUUGCCGUUGCUAAGAUCAAGAGUGACGCCAGUCUGCUGUGGAGCAUCAGCCCUGCCAGCCGAGAGGCUAUGAUCCAGGAACUCAGCAACUCCUCUCACAUAUAUAUGACCUUGCGCUGGACGCUGCUCAGGAACGCCUCUAUAUCAAUGAAUGCAGAGACUGUGGGAGAACACACUGUGAAGUUUCAGGACCAGAGCUUGAUGAAAGAGAUUGUGAACAUGCUGAAAGGAAACAACAGCAAACCCGUGUUCAUUAACUCUCUUCUACCAAAGUUCAUUAGGGGUCCAAAAGGACCUGAGUCCAAAAUGGCAACCAGGAUGAAAGUAGCGCACUCAGACCGCCCAGAUCUCCAGGCAUUGUCGUUCUUCCGGCCCAUGUCAAUCAAACUUAAACAGGUCAACAGAGGGUCAGAGAAAGAAGCUGACCAGUGGUGGGUGGUGGAGGAAUGCUCCCCAGUCGUCACCUCCUCUGAGCGGAAGUGUCACAGUAUAGAGAUCGUGGUGUUCAGUGAUAAAGUCAGCCCUUCUAGCUUGGGCUUCCUGGCUGGACACGGUAUCGUAGGCCUAUACAUGUCAGUGGUCCUGGUAGUUGGAAAGUUCGUCAGAGAGUUUUUCAACGGGAUCUCCAGGUCCAUCAUGUUUGAGGAGCUGCCGUGUGUGGAUCGGGUUCUAAAACUCUGCACAGACAUUUUUGUGGUGCGAGAGACGGGAGAAAUGGAGCUGGAGGAAACAUUGUUUGAGAAACUCAUCUUCUUGUACAGAUCGCCAGAGACCAUGAUCAAGAUGACCAGAGAGAAGAAGGACAGCUAGGGUUCAGGUCAUUGGACAUUGUGAACAUUGAAUAGGAUGAGUAAGAUACCUAAUCUCUUCAGAACUGCCUAGAAAUCUUGAUCUGGGCUCAUUGUAAUGAUCUUACUCAAAUUUGAUGUUUUUUUCAAGCCAAUCAUUGAAUGUAUUAACAAAUCAUGAAGUACGGUAUAUAGAAGUGAACUUUAAAAUGUAACUAAAACAGGCUGUGAGCCAAUUAUUGGCAGAUUUACUUUUAAAUAUUCACUGAACAUCAUUAUGUCUAAUGUAUUACAUUUACUAAUUCCAUCCAAAUAGGUUUUUAAAUGAAAACAUUUCUUACAGGUCCCGCAUACAGGCAACUUACAGAAUGUGUGAUAGAUUAGCAAUUUGGUAUGAAACCUGUGUUAUUUGGUAUAGUAGUUCAUUUUGUGAACACUGAGCAAUGCAUGAAUUUUUAAUGAUUAGGGAGGUUUUAUUGCUGUAAAGCCUAUACCUUUAUAUUUUUCAGACCUAGAUUAUUAAGAUUAAGAAAAUUAACUUCCACAAACUCAUGGAUCAACAAAUACCUCUGUAAUUGCCAUGUUUCUGUAUUACUAUAACUAAUAAUUAUUGAUAUCAAAAAUAAAAAUGUGUCU